AGCAGGCCAUUUAGUGUGUGAUCGUCGAGGAGUACAGUUGUCCGAGGUGUUUUAAGCUAGCAAAGCGCAGCCUACUUUGUUCUGUGUGUGUGAAAAGACAGCAGCCCCCCCAGCAAGUGUGUUGCGAAGAAGCAAAAGAAUAAAAAGACACGACAGGUUUUUCUCCAGUUUUGUGGCAGAAAAACGUCCCGUUAAAAGUUUUUAAAAAACUCGAGUAAGCGCGAAUUAGGCGUUUGUUUUUUCUUUCGUAAAAGUCAGAAAAAGCCCCACUUUUUCCACCAUGAGAGAAAUCGUCCACAUCCAGGCCGGACAGUGCGGAAACCAAAUUGGAGCCAAGUUUUGGGAAAUCAUCUCGGACGAGCAUGGCAUCGACGCAACCGGCGCCUACCACGGUGACUCAGACCUGCAGCUGGAGCGCAUCAACGUGUACUACAAUGAGGCGUCCGGCGGCAAGUACGUGCCCCGCGCCGUCCUGGUCGAUCUGGAGCCCGGCACCAUGGACUCGGUCCGCUCGGGACCCUUCGGACAGAUCUUCCGGCCGGACAACUUUGUGUUCGGACAGUCGGGCGCCGGCAACAACUGGGCCAAGGGACACUACACCGAGGGCGCGGAACUGGUCGACAGCGUGCUCGACGUGGUGCGCAAGGAGGCCGAAUCGUGCGACUGCCUGCAGGGAUUCCAGCUGACGCACUCGCUGGGCGGUGGUACCGGUUCCGGCAUGGGAACGCUGCUGAUCUCAAAGAUUCGUGAAGAAUACCCCGACAGAAUCAUGAACACAUACUCAGUCGUGCCCUCGCCCAAAGUGUCAGACACCGUCGUGGAACCGUACAACGCCACCCUGUCCGUGCACCAGCUGGUAGAAAACACCGACGAGACGUACUGUAUCGACAAUGAAGCCCUGUACGACAUCUGCUUCCGCACGCUGAAGCUCACCACACCCACGUACGGCGAUCUGAACCAUCUGGUGUCGCUGACCAUGUCCGGAGUCACCACCUGUCUGCGAUUCCCGGGUCAGCUGAACGCCGAUCUGCGAAAACUGGCCGUCAACAUGGUUCCAUUCCCACGUCUGCACUUCUUCAUGCCCGGAUUCGCCCCGCUGACGUCCCGUGGCUCGCAGCAGUACCGUGCCCUGACCGUCCCAGAGCUGACCCAGCAGAUGUUCGACGCCAAGAACAUGAUGGCCGCUUGCGAUCCCCGACACGGACGUUACCUGACGGUCGCCGCCGUGUUCCGAGGCCGCAUGUCGAUGAAGGAAGUGGACGAGCAGAUGCUCAACAUCCAGAACAAGAACAGCAGCUACUUCGUCGAAUGGAUCCCGAACAACGUCAAGACCGCCGUCUGUGAUAUCCCGCCGCGAGGACUCAAGAUGUCCGCGACGUUCAUCGGCAACUCGACCGCCAUCCAGGAGCUGUUCAAGCGCAUCUCCGAACAGUUCACCGCUAUGUUCCGUCGUAAGGCUUUCUUGCAUUGGUACACCGGCGAGGGCAUGGACGAGAUGGAGUUCACCGAGGCCGAGAGCAACAUGAACGAUCUGGUGUCGGAAUACCAGCAGUACCAGGAGGCCACCGCCGACGAGGACGCCGAGUUCGACGAGGAGCAGGAGGCUGAAGUUGACGAGAACUAAACGCCGCCCCUCGACGUGUCACCAACUCAACUCAAACUCCCCGACAUCCCCCACAAAAAAAUCUCCCCAACCCCCCCUUCUCUCUAUCUCUCGCAUUCCGAAUGUUUGGCUAAUCUGCGCCACCUUUCUUCUAAACUAACUCUCCCCAUGUUUUUCCCAACACACACUCAAA